CGCUCGCUCGCAGUCUCUGAUAGCCAACUCUCGGGAGCAGACCGAUAAGCGCUUUUUUCGGGCCUUUUCCGCCAAACCAAAACACCAGUAAAAUAGCCAACAAUCAAGUGAAAAAUAAAACUAACUAAAAAGCCAACACAACAAACAAACAAAACAAAAAUAAACCCCAAGACAAACGGGCACAAUUUUUGGUGUUUCGUUUCGUUUUUUGUUUUUUCUUUGGCCCACUCAAAGGUCAUAAAGAAAAUAACUGAAAAAUCAAAACAAAUCAGUGCAGCAGCCGCCAAUUGCAUACCAUAUUGCUCUCCGGGUUCAGUGUGUGUAUGAGUGUGCCAGUGUUUGUGUGUGAGAAAACUGAGAGAAAAAGUGAAACAACCGGCAGCAAAAGCGCGAAAAACAAAAAACAAAAUACAAAAAAAAACUUUCCCCCGCAGGAAGUUGAAACUGCAAGCUGACGUUACAAGCGGUCAAAAUUGGAUUAUGCUUAGGCACAAACGCAACUGCAACGCCAUUCAGACGCCCAGCGACGCCGAGCAUGUGAAGUUAAAGCCGCACUUUCCACCGCCCCAGUGGCUUCUGCACCGCGUCACCUUCUCUCUGGAGCUGUAUCACAAAAAUAUCAUCAAGAAACUGCCCAGUUUUGGAAAAUUCCACGUCUUCAAACUGACCAAGAACGUCUGCCAGACUUAAGUUAUCAAUCCAAAUAAAAAAAAAAAAAAAUAUCAACAAACUCCCACAAAAUAAAAGACAAAGUGCGUU